AUGACUGGUCUGGGGCAAAUUAUCACGCCGAAUACUGAGGACCCGGCAACUCGAAUCCUCAACAACCAACCAUCCGGUGAGAGGGUGAAGGUGAAACCUUCAAUCCGUGGGCUGGGCAGCAUCCAUCGUAUGCUAGAUUGCAUAGUGUUGGUGUACUGCUUCCAGAGGACGAUAAAACAUCCUGGGCUGCUGUGGUUCCUUCCAUCCUUUGACCUCUUCCAUCUGUUUCGUGAUGUGAACUGGCAGAUAACGUCAUGA